ACAAGUUGGAAAUGGCGAUGGUGAAGCUGUAAGACGCAAAAUCGUAAACUCGCGAUUUAGAUGUACAUUUGAAGAUCGGGUCUCCUGGGCGGAGGAAAGACGAAGCAACGUUGCUACGUCUUCUCCAAAUAACAAGGCCCGGUCUUUGUUCGCAACAGAGGAUAGUAUAAGCUUCGCUCCAACUUGCUGCACGAUAUCGCGCAGUCGCUGCUGCGGCAGCGCGGGGUCCAUCAGUACGAAGGCACCGCCGGCUUUCAGAGUGCCUAACAUCGCCACUGCCGUCCACUUCGAUUUAUCAAAGUACAACGGUACCAAGACGCCUGGGGCGACUCCUCUUUCUGAUAAACGGAUCGCCAGUUGGGAAGUGACUCUAUCAAGCUCAGAAUAACUGAAAUUUCCAUCCCACGCACAGAUUGCGGGUGCAGAAGGUUGCGACACGGCUAGUUGCUCGACGACCUCGUGAAUGUAACGUUCUACUGGCACUGGAGCAGAUGCGUUGUGUUGCCAGAUUGCGUCGAGGUCGUCUGGGGUCAGCAUGCCAACAUCUGCAAUCUUGCUUUUCGGAUAGAACUUGUGGAACUGAUGCGCCACGAAGCUGAGGCGAACAAGGAGCUUUUCCGUUUUUUCGCGCGGCAUGAUUCGGGGAUCGAAGAAUGCGGUAACGGUGACAGUGGAUGCAUCUGUCUGGAUCUCAAUAAUUAGGGCGUGGUGGUGAUCGUUUUUGAGUAACAUUUGAGGGUUGUUAUGGUUGUGAUAUUUGGGAUCGAUAAUGAACAACGUCUGGAACAUGGACGCAUACUCAGGGUUGUGCGUCACCCCAUUCGCGUCCACUCCUUCCGAGCGGAUCGUUUCCGAAGCAUCACGGUUGACACUGUAUAAAAAGUCUGUCAUCAACUGCUGGUUGGCUACGUUCACCAGCAUUGGGAUGGUGUGUGCUUUCCGUCCUUCUUUGCCUCCAUUUUCAGUUGUCUGGAGCGCGAACGUGAUAUUUUCAGUAUUCGUGAUCUGCCCAACGAUGAGACUCCAUGCUGCCAGGAAGAGCGACGACGUCGAAAUCUCUGUAACAGAGCUGGGUGGUAGGGGAAGAGGAAACGUAUGCGUCGCUGUACUUUUUGGGUCGGGAGUUACGACCGUGGAAGGAAUAAUGGGAAAGGGUGCGCUUUCGAGCGAUGAAAGAGCUGCCUUCCAAUCCCCAUCCAAGAUCCCUUGAGCUUUGGCGGAAACCAGGGUGUGGCCUUCCUCCGCAGAGUCAUCAUCUGAGAUAGCUGCCACCGUAGCUUCGGGUUUCAUGUGAUCUUUUGUCGUGUCUUCCUUGAUCAUACAUUGAUCAAUAUAUGUUUCCGAAACCUCCAUCUUUCCGUCUCUUUAUCUCUCAAUGCCGUAACUGCGCUGAGUAUGAAUGCUUUGAAGUGGGGGGUUUUCUUGACUUUUUUUUUUUCUUUAAUUUGUAUGUCUCUGAAUAGAUUCGUAACAAUUGAAUGGGUUUUGUGAUAGUGGGGUCGCAGUUUUCCUUUCCGAAAAGGGUGUCUCAUAACGGUGUCGCUGAAGGAAUGUUUGGCCGAUAUCUAUAAUGGGUAUCCCAUUCUCUCAACACCCUAGAUAAGUGACUACGCAAGACAUCAAGCCCAAUCCCGAUCUUCCAUAAACCCAAAACAACGGAUUUACCAGCACAUAAGAAAAUCAGUUCCCUACCUGGAAGUGGGACCAACACGUGGGACUGUCUUUGAAUGCUAUGAAAGGGCAAAAGCUCUACAGCGCGAUACACGUGUAGCCAUGAGAAAGACAAUAAGUGUGUAGCUGUGACGAAAGUCACAACAACACGAAGACAAACCUCCGCAGCUAUUUGCUCCAAGACUGUAACAUAAGAUAUAGAC